AUGGUCUCUGAACAUGAGGAGUGGACGCACGUGGUCUCUGAACAUGAGGAGGGGACGCACGUGGUCUCUGAACAUGAGGAGGGGACGCACGUGGUCUCUGAACAUGAGGAGUGGACGCACGUGGUCUCUGAACAUGAGGAGGGGACGCACGUGGUCUCUGAACAUGAGGAGUGGACGCACGUGGUCUCUGAACAUGAGGAGUGGACGCACGUGGUCUCUGAACAUGAGGAGGGGACGCACAUGGUCUCUGAACAUGAGGGGACGCACAUGGUCUCUGAACAUGAGGAGGGGACGCACAUGGUCUCUGAACAUGAGGAGGGGACGCACAUGGUCUCUGAACAUGAGGAGGGGACGCACAUGGUCUCUGAACAUGAGGAGGGGACGCACGUGGUCUCUGAACAUGAGGAGGGGACGCACAUGGUCUCUGAACAUGAGGAGGGGACGCACAUGGUCUCUGAACAUGAGGAGGGGACGCACGUGGUCUCUGAACAUGAGGAGGGGACGCACGUGGUCUCUGAACAUGAGGAGGGGACGCACGUGGUCUCUGAACAUGAGGAGGGGACGCACGUGGUCUCUGAACAUGAGGAGUGGACGCACAUGGUCUCUGAACAUGAGGAGUGGACGCACGUGGUCUCUGAACAUGAGGAGUGGACGCACGUGGUCUCUGAACAUGAGGAGGGGACGCACGUGGUCUCUGAACAUGAGGAGGGGACGCAAAUGGACAUAUAA